GGCUGUGUGCGACUUGCUUGUUGUCAGCCAGCAAGGAACUUGUAGCUAGCUAACGUUAGCUAUCUUAAUCAGUGAGAGGUUCUGUUCUUUCAAAGAUUUAAACACUUCACACAUUCUCUAAACUCUGACAGGAAUAUGGAGGAGUACCAUUCUGGAGAUGAGGUGGCCUUCAGUCCAGAUGAAGCCAGUAAUGCUGUUAAAGAGUGCAUUGAAGGUGUUAUAGGUGGUGUGGACUACAACCAGAAUAAUGUAAACCAGUGGACAGCUAGAAUAGUGGAGCAUUCACUCACUCAGCUGGUGAAACAGGGGAAACCAUUUAAGUACAUUGUGAACUGUGCUGUAAUGCAGAAGAGUGGCGCUGGUCUUCACACAGCAAACUCCUGCUACUGGGACACUACCACUGAUGGAAGCUGCACAGUCAGAUGGGAGAACCGCACCAUGUAUUGUGUCGUUGGCGUGUUUGCCGUCGCUAUUGCUCUCUAAGCCAGGAAUGACAGCCAGCGUCAACCUCUCAGACCAAUUCACACGCUCGGACACCAUCAGCUUAUUUUGGCACACUGACCAGUCUGUGCAGUGUCUGUUCACGUUUGUCCUCCGUGUAAACUUUAUAUUGUCCCUGCCUGCUUGUCUUACAUGCGGCACUUGUUGUUGACCUUUUGUCCCCAUUCGUUUUGUGUAGGAGGACUGCAGUUAUGUACAGUAUAAUAUUUACUUAGUACUUUGGUUCGUCUAGGAUAAAUUUGACAUUAUGGUAAGUGAAUCAUGCUCAUUUCUUUGCAGCCCUGCUGAUGCAGCAUUUAGGAUGCUAUUCAUAAUAUUAUUAACGUCUGACCACAUAUUGUUGGCCCUAAUUGAAGACACAUGCAUCAGAUAUCAAGAUGAAGUAUUGAGCUCUUAUAUUACAACCUUGAAGUUUGUAUUUAACAUCAAUUUCAACUUCAAGGAAAUUUUAUAGCACAUUGCAUACAUUUUUGGAAGUCGUUCUUCAUUAUUAGAACAAACAGUAGAUAGACCACAUAAAACACAGUUAAGAAAUGAUUUGUCAAAGACAGAAAACUUGGAACUACUACUACUACUACCCAUAAAAAUGUAUAAAGGCUGUUUCACAAUGUUAGCUACAAUGUAUAUGUGACCACAAACAAGGCAACUGUAACAACAAAUGAAUGCAAAUUUACUUUGCAGUGUUUUUCUUUUCCUCUGUAUUUAUGAAUGCUUGAAAAUAAAAAGAUUUGUGUAA